AUGGGCCAGUCCACCACCGCCCCCGGCCCCUCGUCGAACCCGCGAAAAGAGCUCCAGGAUGCCCUCCAGGAGCUCCAGAAGCAUGCCACAAACUACGUGAACCUUUCGCGGGUGCAAUUGGCCCUCAACGCGCUGCGCCAGCAGGCCGGCCAGGAAACCGUGAGGGUAGCCGUCCUCGGGCUGACCAACGGACCCGGGUCGGGACAGACAGCCAAGGAGGUCCUGCGGCUGCUGCUUGCAGACCCGUUGUCGCCGGAGCAGGACUGGGAGAAGGAGUUGAUGAGCCAUGACGCGAGACAACCUCUGAUAAUCCGCGUCGGGGCAGAUCAGGAAGCCGGUGCAAGCGGACACGGCGAGGGAACCAUGACGUACGCGAGGGGCGGUCUGCUGCACGAGUUGGCUGUCUCCUCGCCGGGACUCAAUGGCAGGAACCUCGAGAUCCUGCUUACAGAAACCAACCCGCUCGCCGACUCGACUGGAGGUGCGUUCCAGAAUUUCGAGGAGACCGCGCUGGUGCCGACUGUGGAUAUUCCUACAUCCAACACCGGGAGGUUCACCCCUGUCACGACACCAGUCCACAGAGCUUUGCUCGUCACGGAUGGGAUACUGGGAGCCGCCUCGUUGGCAAAUCUCCCUCUACUCCCUGGGAAGGGCGCAAUAGCCGCCGCGGUCAACACGCCUGGAUAUCAACCCGAAGACCAAUCGGCUUUGCCUUUUGCGACCAUCGACGUCACAGCGGCUGCCGAAGGCUUGAAUGCGCUGCGCCAGAGCGUAGACCGGGGUUUCGAGUACGAAAGGCUAUGGUUCAAGAGCAACCUGCCAUCUAUCACGGCCUGGCUCAGGUCCGGGGUCACGGCGGCGGGAGAAGGGGUCACGAAAGACGCUGUCCGAGAGUCGAUUGCGUCUAUCCUGUCCAACACUCACGCCAAAAUACAGCACGAGGAAGCCCGCAUGCUGUCCUCGACACUAUCGGUCCAGACGUCCACCGAAAUCCCUACGCUAAACGCAGCGCUGGCAGAAUGGGCCGAGAAAUCCCAUGCGGAGCUACAGGAGCAGCUCGACAGGGCAUUCACAGGCAGGCGGUGGCGGAAGUUGAACUGGUGGAAGCUCUUCUGGCGCGUCGAUGACGUCGGCGUGCUGUCGUCCGAGAUGCUCUCGCAGAGCUUCCUGCCGGGCGCGGAGCGGAACGUCAUUUUCCUCGCCGGCAAGAUCGAGGGAUCCGGCAUUUUCGGUCAAGACGCCCGCGGCAAGACGCCGUAUCUGACGCCGACAAUAGCUUCGACCGCGAGGCCAGCUGACGCGGGAGCAGGUCGAACGCCCGCUUUGCAACCUGUCCAGGAUGGGCUGUCUGGUACCAAGUGGCCAGCCCACAUCACCUUCACUCGCAACUAUCUGCAAUCCCGGACGGUGCCAGCCCUGCAGGCCCUGGCGCAGAGCCUCGUGUUCCAGUCGGCCGGCUUCUCGACCCUCACGACCUCGCUCGGCGCGCUCAUGUACCUGUCCACCUUUGGGGCGUCCGAGUCCGGGGCGGUCGCUGCCCUGGGCAUCGUGUGGAGCCUGCGCCGCCUGCAGAAGAAGUGGGAGACGGCGAGGGAGUACUGGCAGAGCGAGGUGAGGGAGGAGGGUCGCAAGGCCGUGAGGGCAGUCGAGAUCAGCGUCGGCGAGGCCCUCGACAAGGCCAUGCGCGACGGCAGCAAGGCCAAUGAGGAUGCCUUGCUGUCCGAGCUGAGACAGGCCAGGGAGCUUGUGCAGAGGGCCGAGGAGGCAUUGGCGAGACUGAAGUAA